UACAUUGAGGACUACAUAUACUCUGUUUCUUCAAUUUGAGUUAUUCCUAGUCCUGCUGCUUAUUGUCCAUCUUUGCACACAUGCACUCUCACAACCUGGAGUAACAAUUUAUUUGCUAAUAUCAGCUCUAGUUUUAAAAAAGGUACUCUCAAUACUCAUAUUACAUAAUGAGAUGGAUGAUCUAUACAUUUAAUAAAUAAAAAUGUUUUUUAGUCUUUAAGGUACCACAAUUGCCUUUAGUUUUAAUUAUAGAAGGAAAAAUUCUACCUAUGACUCAAAAAAGUUCCACUCAAUUGUAAUAACAUGUCCUUGUUGAAAGUGGGCAAGAUAGCACUGUUUCAUGCUUAUAGGUACUAUAGAUAAACAACGUUCAGUGCAUAGAGCAGCUGUUUUCGGAUUUCUUGAUCAAACUGAAAUGCGCUUUUUAGAAGUUUUGAUCCAUACAUGAAAUUAAACAAGGCUGUUCUCGUCCAGAUAUGGCCCUAAAUAUGAUUGGGAACUGGAGUUUAGAGAGGAAACAGUAAAUUAUGAACUAAACACAAUGAUUGAUGUAGGAAUAAACUGAUUGGCUGUGCCAUGCCUAGAGAUGAUAAGGCCUGGAAAAAACUCGGAAAAAUUGGGAGACAACAGGGUUUUUCUCGGAUGUGCUGAUGUGAGAAUCCAAAGUAUUGGUUAACUCCACCUUCUUUCUAUUUGGAUUCUCACUCAGCACAUCCGGAAGGAGCAUGUCAGGUAAGACCAACGCCCUUUGUUGUCCCUGCCCCGCCCCAAUUUUUCCUAGUUUUUCCCAGACCUUCCCAUCUCUAGCCAUGCCUGAAUACAAAGAUAUUGACUGGAGAGAAAGGGAAGGUGAACUGGAACAUAAGUCAUGUGGAGAGGAGGAUGAGACACCCCAACAGUGCCCUACUUGCCUUAUGAGACUUCUCCAUAUAUUUUUCUCUCAAGACAAUAAUCAAAAUGGGUCUUGAUUGUGCAGAACUUCAAAGUCAUACUGAGGGCUGCAAGAUCCCUGCAGUAAGAAGAGGCAUACUAAGUGUGAAGAAAGUAGGGAGGAAGCAAUGUGCGCAAUUCUUCCAUAAGCUCACUCUAAGAUACUCCAGGUAAAACCAGAACAGCCAAGCAUUCUGCAUUUUGCUUUGGCUAAUCAAGAACACUUCAGCAGAACCUCCAGGAAACUUGUUUGUUUCAUGUUCAGGGGGAAAAAAAAUGUUUUCAAAUCCAUUAGGUAAACAAGCCUGAGAGGUGGUGACUGGCCAAAGAUCACCCAGAGAGUUGCAAGCAUAAGUAGGAACUUAAAAAUGAAAUGUAUUGUUAUAAUAGUUGGUCUACUAUUUCAAGUUUAGCUGAAACUUCUAGAGCAACAUAGAUGUUUAUAUUAGAAGCACCCACUAAUUUUGAUAAGUCUUACUCUAGUUAUGAACAUAUACUCAUAUAUUUAUAUUUUUAGCAAACUUUAGUUUGCAUACACUCAUGUUUAAAGUUACCAGACAGCAUGGUAAUUAUAUGUAAAAAUAUUAAUUGUCUCAUUGCUCUUUGAAUAGAAAUUCACGAAUAAGUCGAUGAAUUGCUCACUCCAUUUGAAAGAUUUGUAGUGUUCUUUUUACAUCUCCUUUUUAGAUGUAAUAAACAUUUGUUUUUGUUCCAGUGUCCACUGAAGUCAGUUGAUUGUGUUUGUGAAUUUAUGUUGUUUAUAUUCAUUUAUAUAUGCACUUAUUUAUGAAAUUUAUAUGGCACCUCAAUCCAUAGGACUCUACACAGUUUACAGUAAAUAAUAAAAUACAAUAAUUAUAAAAUGAUACAAUAGAGUUAGAGCAAUAUUGUACAAUAAAGUGCUUUGCCUUUAGGCCUCUCAAAAAGUAUUGCUCUAACUCUAUUGUAUCAUUGAGCUGGUAUAGCCUUAGAAAAAUAGUUUCUCAACUAUCCUCAAGUUUGGGACUAAAUUUGUAUUUAGUUUAUUUAAAAAAAAAUUAAAGCAGUGCUAAAACUUAGUCUCCAUUAGGAAGAGUCAAUCACAAAACAACAAUAUAAGAAACUUAAUGUUUGAGAGGCCUAAAGGCAAAGCCCACAAAAAUGCUCAGUUCAUUGAUAUAUUACCACAAUAUGUGCAUAUUUUCUGUCACUAGUUCUCACACCUAAUGGGCUACCAAUAUAAGAAUAUUAGCUACAUUACAAACGUGUCACAGACACAAAGCAGAAAUUAAAAAGUACAUGCAGUUAAAUCAUUUAAAUUGAUAUGUCCAGUCAGCUUUUUAUGGAGUGUUCAGUGCAGGCCUAAUGGAAAAGGGAGAUAGCAAGGGGAAUGAAGAGCCAGUGACUGGACUGGCCUUUUGUGAAUCCUCUCUGGACAAGGAGAGAAGACUUGAUUAUCCUCAAGUGCUCCAGACAGUUUCUCCUCAUGAGAAUACUGCAAGUAAGCAGACAAUGGCGAUUUUAGAUAUCAGGGAGAUGAGGGAACGUCAUGUUACCUCAAACCAUGAUUGGUACUUUUAUGGAUCAGAGUUUGCAUACUUCUUUUUUUCUAAUCUAAACUUUUUAUUAAUCACUUUUGGAAAUUGCUUGUUAAUUGCUUGUUUUGCUUUUCAGCUGAAAACUCUGAAAUCUUUGGAACAAUACGUUUCAUAGCAUCAGAUGCUUAUUUUCAAAAAAACAUUUCCAGCUUGUCUAGAGAAGUAAGCAAAGUUCCCAGGAUCAAAAAGCCAUUGGAAAACUUUAACUUUACAAAUUACUGGAUGUUUUUAAAUAAUUUUUCUGGAAGGCCAGAAGGUAGCUGAAAAUUGGCGUUGUCUGAACCUACAUCUGGUUUAUAAGGGCUUAUCACAAUGGCAACUGGCCUAGCCAAUGUAGGAAGCUCUUUUGGAGGUCCAUCUAAUUCUCUGGUGUCUAGAUCUAAGUUCCAGAGUACCUCCGUAGAAGAUGAUGAUGAUGUUGUGUUUGUUGAACCUGUACAACCUCCACAAAUCUCUACACCAUUAAUAACAGAACACAGAAAUGUUUUUAAUUCAUCCAGUAAUGAAGAGCAACAUGGAAAUGACCCUAAAAUAUCAGCUUCGUCAAAAGACACAAGUGCUCAGAAGGGAAGUAUAACUGAGACUAUUAUUAUUGAUGAUGAAGAAGACAUUGAAACAAAUCAGGGACAAGAGAGAAAUGAUUCCAGUUUCAAUGAAAGAAGAUUUCCAGAGGGUAAAAACAGAACCAAUGAAAUGGAAUUCUCAACAUCCAGUUUUUCAAGAAGUAAGGUAAAUGCAGGAAUAGGUAAUAGUGGUAUAACCACAGAACCAGACUCUGAAAUUCAAAUAGCUAAUGUUACUACAUUAGAAAGAGGUAUGAGCUCUGUGAGUGUUGGCCGUUUAGAAAAUACUGAAGGGCGUGACAUGAACUUAAUGAUAACACAUGUAACAUCACUACAGAAUACCAACUUGGGAGAUGUAUCUAACGGACUGCAGUCAAGUAAUUUUGGUGUUAAUAUACAAACAUACACCCCAUCUUUAACUUCACAGACCAAGACUGGUGUAGGACCUUUCAAUCCCGGUAGAAUGAACGUAGCUGGUGAUGUCUUUCAGAAUGGAGAAUCUGCAACUCAUCAUAAUCCAGAUUCCUGGAUAUCUCAGUCAGCUUCAUUUCCAAGGAAUCAGAAGCAACCAGGUGUAGAUUCCCUGUCUCCUGUGGCAUCUCUUCCCAAACAAGUCUUCCAACCACCUGCACAACAACAACAACCUUCAAAGCAGGUUAAAGUUACAUGCGCUAACUGCAAAAAGCCUUUGCAGAAGGGCCAGACUGCGUAUCAGCGGAAAGGAUCUGUUCAUCUUUUUUGUUCUACUACUUGCCUUUCAUCAUUUUCACAUAAACCAGCUCCAAAGAAACUCUGUGUUAUGUGUAAAAAAGACAUAACAACAAUGAAAGGAACUAUUGUUGCUCAGGUUGAUUCAAGCGAAUCUUUCCAGGAGUUUUGCAGUACAUCAUGUCUGUCUUUCUAUGAAGACAAACAGAAUCCCUCAAAAGGAAUCUUAAAUAAAUCAAGAUGCACUAUCUGUGGCAAACUAACUGAGAUACGCCAUGAAGUUAGCUUUAAAAACAUGACUCAUAAGUUGUGUAGUGAUCACUGCUUCAAUCGAUACCGAAUGGCAAAUGGUUUAAUCAUGAAUUGUUGUGAGCAUUGUGGAGAAUACCUUCCAAGUAAAGGUGCAGCAAACAAUAUUCUUAUGGUUGAUGGAGAGCCGAAAAGAUUCUGUUGCCAAAGCUGUGUUAGUGAAUAUAAACAGAAAUAUGGCAAAUUAACUACUUGUACUGGUUGCACAACUCAGUGCAGGUUUUUUGACAUGACACAGUGCAUAGGAACUAAUGGACAUAUGGAGCCAUACUGCUCAACCACAUGCAUGAACACACACAAAUCAAAAUAUGCAAAAUCACAAAGUUUGGGAAUUGUUUGCCAAUUUUGUAAGCGAAACUCUUUACCUCAGUAUCAAGCCACAAUGCCUGAUGGAAUACUGUACAACUUUUGCAGUUCCAGUUGUGUAGCUAAAUUUCAGACUCUUAAUGUACCUUCUUCAACCAAUGGCCAGUUUGUGGCUCCAAGUGAUAUUCAGUUGAAAUGCAAUUAUUGUAAAAAUACUUUCUGUUCAAAACCUGAAGUACUGGAAUGGGAAAACAAAGUGUACCAGUUUUGCAGUAAAAUUUGUUCCGAUGACUAUAAGAAGCUGCAUUGUAUAGUAACGUACUGUGAAUACUGUCAAGAGGAGAAGACUUUGCAUGAAACGGUAAAAUUUUCUGGUAUCAAGAGACCAUUCUGUAGUGAAGGUUGCAAGCUGCUCUAUAAACAAGAUUUUGCAAGGCGGUUAGGAUUACGCUGUGUUACUUGCAAUUUUUGUUCUCAACUCUGUAAAAAGGGAGCAUCAAAGGAACUUGAUGGAGUAGUAAGAGAUUUCUGUAGUGAAGAGUGUUGCAGAAAAUUUCAAGAUUGGUACUAUAAGGCUGCAAGAUGCGACUGCUGUAAAAGUCAAGGAACUCUUAAAGAGAAAGUACAGUGGAGAGGGGAAAUAAAGCACUUUUGUGAUCAGCAUUGCCUUCUGCGUUUCUACUGUCAACAAAAUGAACCGAAUAUGGCAACACAAAAAGGACCAGAAAACUUUCAUUAUGAUCAAAGCUGCCAAACUCCCCGAACAAAAAACACAGGAUCAGCCCCACCUCCUUCCCCUACACCAAAUAAAGAAAUGAAGAACAAAGCAGUUCUCUGCAAACCGCUAACGAUGACAAAAGCUACCUUCUGUAAACCCCACAUGCAAACAAAAUCUUGUCAGACAGAUGAUGACUGGAAGAAAGAAUAUGUCCCCGUGCCUGUUCCUGUACCUGUAUAUGUACCUGCUCCUAUGCAUAUGUAUAGUCAAACUGUUCCAGUUCCUACAACGGUUCCUGUUCCAGUCCCGGUUCCAAUUUUUCUGCCUACUACGCUGGAUAGCAGUGAGAAGAUACUUGAAGCAAUAGUAGAACUAAAAAAUAAAAAUCCCCCCAGUCCUGAAGAGACUUUGGAUUCAUUGAAUGUAACAGAAGAUAUUUCUGGGGAAAAAGAGCAUGUAGAACCUGCAGAGAUGCAAAAUGUAAUAAUUGAGACAGAAUUACUUAAUUCUGUGACAGAAACACAGACAAGUUUGCCUGAUGUCCCAUAUGAGCCAGACCUUGAUAUCGAGGUUGAUUUUCCUAGAGCAACAGAAGAACUUGACACAGAGAAUGAAUUUUUGCUACCACCUGUAUUUGGAGAAGAAUACGAGGAACAGCCAAGACCUCGAAGUAAAAAGAAGGGACUAAAGAGAAAAGCGGUGUCAGAAUACCAUUCUCAAGAUGAUGGCUCUGAGAACUCAGAGUGCAGUUUUCCUUUCAAGUAUGCGUAUGGUGUAAAUGCAUGGAAACACUGGGUAAAAACUAGGAACCUAGAGGAAGAUCUGUUGGUACUAGAUGAGCUAAAAUCAACAAAGUCAGUAAAAUUGAAAGAAGAUAUUAUAUCACAUACUUCUACUGAGCUAAAUUUUGGGCUGGCACACUUUGUAAAUGAAGUCCGAAGACCAAACGGAGAAAACUAUGCACCUGACAGUAUCUAUUAUUUGUGUCUUGGGAUUCAGGAAUACCUGAAUGGAAGCAAUCGAGAAGAUAAUAUCUUUUUGGAUACUAAUUAUCAUACAUUUAUGCAGGAAAUAAAUAAAAUACUCAGAAGCUGGCAGCCCAGCAUACUUCCAGAUGGUUCGAUAUUUUCUCGAGUUGAGGAGGACUAUCUCUGGAAUAUUAAACAGCUGGGAUCCCAUUCUCCAGCUGCUCUUCUAAAUACACUAUUCUACUUCAACACGAAGUAUUUUGGUCUGAAAACAGUGGAGCAGCACUUAAGACUUUCCUUUGGCACUGUUUAUAGGCAUUGGAAGAAGAAUCCUCUAACGAUGGAAAGCAAAGCUUGUCUUCGAUAUCAGGUUUCCUCGCUGUGCGGAACAGAUAAUGAAGAAGAUAAAAUUACCACUGGAAAAAGGAAACAUGAAGACGAUGAGCCAGUAUUUGAACAGAUGGAAAACAUCGCAGAUCCUUCUAGGUGUCCUGUGAAAAUGUUUGAAUGCUAUUUAUCUAGGAGCCCGUCAAAUCUCACUCAGAGAAUGGACGUGUUCUAUUUGCAGCCAGCUUGCCCAGUAACUUCGGAGAGUCCCAUUUGGUACACUUCCACUUCAGUGGACCGCAAUACUUUGGAAAAUAUGCUUGUACGGGUUCUUUUAGUAAAAGAUAUUUAUGAUAAAGACAAUUACGAACUGGAUGAAGAUAUAGAUUAAACACUUCCCAAAUUCAAGGAAACACAACAGCAUUAGCUAGUCAAGCUGCUAGAUUUUUAUUAUGGAAAAAAAAAACAUUUCAAGUUUACUCUUUGUUUAACAUGUUUUGUAGCAGUGUACCCUUUGCUGGGUAUUACCAUGUAUAUAAUCUGUGAGAGAAAACGGCCAUUAUUCUGCAUAGUGGUUUUAGGAUACUUUAACAAAACACAUUCAUUUUUAAUUAUUAUUUAUUUGGUUAGAUAUGUUUGUAACUUUUUACAUUGCAAAAUUUGAAUGAGAAUGUGCCAUGUGUAAUAUUCGGGGGUGGGAGGGGUGGGGCGUCAUAGUAAGCAACAUCCAUAAUUGCACAACAUCACUGUUGCAGAGCUUCUUUGAAAGAUUUGGGGCUUUUAACUGGGUUCUGAAAUCAGGUAGUUGUGUAUGGAUAGCACUACUAAAGUUUAGGACUUGCUGUGUAUUUCCGAAUUUUUUAAAUAAAUUGUAAACUAAUAGGUUUUUUACUCUUAGUUACUGAUGCCUUAUGAGGUUAUCUAGAAAGGUUCCAUCUUAUGUACCAAAAAUAGAAAAAAAAAGAGAAUGCUGUUAAUAUUGAUGUACUGUAAUGUGAAUCAAUGCUGGUGAAAAUUACUUUUCUGGGUUGCUCUUAUUAAAAAAAGAAAAUCUUAGUAUCUUUCCUUGUGACUCUCUGAAUUUGAACUUACAAAUACAGUGUAUUUUAGAC